CCAGGUAUUUCUAAGACACUGAAAAAUUGAAAAUGGCAAGGCGCGCCUGUCUUCUUCCUAAAUCCCCAUUCACUGCCCCCAACAAAUCCCAAAAUGUCAUCUCAGUCCCUCUCUCCUUCUCUAUCUGCACAGACUCUGCUGCCGGCCAAACCCAUCAACCACAAAUCGAAGACCAAACAGAGAACCACAACCCCACAAGCCUCACCAACCUCCAAGACCAACAACGCCAUGAGCAAGUCAGAAAGCUCCGAGUUCUCCUCCAACAGGGUCGUUCUGAAACUGCAAGGAGGCUCAUCAAGUCCCUCAUCCUCCCCAACUCGCCCUUCUCUUCGCCCACUGAUCUUUACACCCUCUUUUCUCUCUCUGCACCCUCCAUGAAACCCACAUUUUCUGACAUGCUUUUAGCCGCUUGUUCGGAGUCUAAGAUGCCGAAGGAAGCAGUAGAAUUGUACGGCUUGAUGAGGAAAACCGGUACGCGUCCUUGCUUAGCUUCUCUCAAUGCAAUGCUUGAAUCUUUGGUGACUUCAAAACAGUUUGGUAAGACCCUCGAAUUGUUUUCGGAGAUUUUUGAGUCGGGUCAGGGCAUUCGACCCGAUAGAUUCACUUAUGGGAAGGCGGUACAGGCUGCGGUGAAGAUGGGGGACCUGGAAAGGGCUGGUCAGCUAGUGAAUUCUAUGAAGACGAAGAGGAUGAGUCUCGGUGUGUUUGUUUAUAAUGUUUUGCUCGGUGGGUUGUGCAAGGAGAAUAAAAUGAGGGAUGCACAGAAGGUGUUUGAUGAAAUGAUUGAGGGAAAGACGGCACCAAAUUUGGUUACCUACAACACGCUGAUUGAUGGGUUUUGUAAGGUGGGGGAGUUGGAGAAGGCGUUUGAACUGAGAGAGAGGAUGAAGGAUGAGAAUGUGGCGGCAAAUAUUGUCACCUAUAAUACUAUGCUUAGUGGACUUUGUCGGGCUAAGAGAAUGGACGAUGCGAAAAAGAUUUUGGAAGAGAUGGAAGCUCAUGGCUUUGCGCCUGAUGGUUUUACUUAUAGUAUUCUUUUUGAUGGGCAGUUCAGGUGUGGUGAUAGUGAGGGGUCACUGGCUUUAUUUGAAGAAGCAACCAGGAAAGGUGUGAAGCUUAAUCGUUAUACUUGGAGUGUUUUGUUGAAUGGCUUGUGCAAGCAAGGAAACGUUGAGAAGCUAGAAGAGGUUUUGAAUAAAUUAAUGGAAACUGGUUUUGUUCCAGAUGUAGUAAUUUAUAAUACCAUCGUGAACGGUUAUUGUCGAAGGUGUGACAUGAACAGAGCCAUUUUGGCCGUUGAACAAAUGGAAAUUCAUGGGUUAAGGCCGAAUUGCAUCACCUUCAAUACUUUGAUUGACAAAUUCUGUGAGACAAGGGAUAUGGAUACCGCUGAGGAAUGGGUGAAGAAGAUGGCAGAGAAGGGAGUUUGCCCAAAUUUGGAGACGUACAACACCCUUAUUAAUGGCUACGGGCAGAUGCGCGUAUUCGACAAGUGUUUCCAGAUUCUUGAAGAGAUGGAAAAUAAGGGGAUUAAGCCAAAUGUUGUGAGCUAUGGUUCUCUUAUAAAUGGUUUAUGUAAAGAUGGGAGGCUUCUUGAAGCUGAAAUAGCACUGAGGGACAUGAUAAGCAGAGGGAUUUCCCCAAAUGCACAAAUAUAUAAUAUGCUCAUUGGUGGUAGCUGUACAGUUGGAAAUCUGAAAGAUGCUUUCAGAUUUUUUGAUGAGAUGGCAAGCACUGGGAUAACUCCAACACUUAUAACCUACAAUUCACUCAUUCAUGGACUCUGCAAGAAAGGAAGGGUAAUGGAAGCUGAAGACUAUUUCUCUCAAAUUACAAGUGGCGGUUAUAGCCCUGAUGUGAUCACAUACAACUCCCUAAUUUCAGGUUAUUCUGACAUAAGAAACACCCAGAAAUGUCUGGAAUUAUAUGAAACUAUGAAGAAUUUGGGCAUCAAACCGACUAUAUAUACAUAUCAUCCUCUAAUUAGUGGAUGUAGCAGGGAAGAUAUGGCAUUGGCAGAUAAAUUGUUUAGCGAAAUGCUGCAGAUGGGUUUGGUUCCCGAUCGGGCUGUUUAUAAUGCACUCAUUCACGGUUAUGCAGAGCAAGGAGACACUCAAAAGGCACUUUCUUUGCACUCUGAGAUGGUGAACCAGAAGAUUAAUGUUGACAAGAUGACAUAUAAUAGCUUGAUUCUGGGGCACUUCAAACAAGGAAAAAUUUCAGAGGUAAAGGGCCUAGUGGAUGAUAUGAAGGCUCAAGGAUUGGCUCCUAAAGCUGAUACUUAUAACUUACUUGUUAAGGGACACUGUGAACUCAAGGACUUCAGUGGUGCAUAUUUUUGGUAUAGGGAAAUGUUUGAGAAUGGUUUUCUUCUGAACGUCUCCACAUGCAAUGAGCUUACAGAUGGACUUGAAAAGAAGGGGAGGUUGCGAGAGGCCGGGAUCGUCUGCUCAGAAAUGAGUGUCAAGGGAAUGAAUGACUGCAGCUCUAUUGAGGAUGUUGUUUCUGUUGCCAAGGUGUAG